AUGGCAGCUCCAUCAACAGCUGGAGUCCUCGCCUGCUUCUGGAUCCUCCUCUGCGUCUCCGCCAUCCUCAUCGCCGCCCGUCUCUGGCUCCGCCUCAAGAUCCAGCACCAAGCCCUCCUCCUCAGCGAUGCCCUGCUACUCAUUGCGUGGUGUAGCUCCUUCACCCAUGCCGUUUUCGUCAUUAUCUUUGCCGUCAAAGGGGCGCUGCACCCGGAUAUCGAUUACACCUUGAUCAAUUGGAAGGUCGACGUCACCGAGGUGGAAUUCAUCACGAGGAUGAUCUGGUCGAGCGUGUUCCCGUUCUUCACGUCGCUGUACUUUUGCAAGUUCGCACUCCUGGCAACAUAUCUACAGCUGUUCCCAAGAUUUAUGAAGAAGUUGCGCGUGGCUCUCUAUGUUUCCAUCGCCUACUGUGUCUCUGGUUAUCUUGUCUCUAUGUCUGUGCAGCUGUUCCUGUGCUGGCCAAUCGAGGGUAAUUGGUCUUUCGCCUCGAAUCCAGCCGUCGUCUGCGAACCCAAGAUCAUCGGCACGAUUUUCUACAUUGCAUGGUCACUUCACUUCACAGCGAAUCUUUCCAUCAUCAUUCUGCCCUUUUUCAUCCUUAAGAAUCUGCAGGUGAAGAAAAAGACAAUGGUCGGAAUAUACGCAAUCUUUAGUCUCGGAAUUAUCGAUAUAGCAUUCAGCCUGACGAGGUUUCUUACCAUACAUCUUGGAUCGGGCGGGUUCAAGCCUCUGACCUUGAUCCAAAUUUGGUCCAUCCUCGACGAGAACAUGGCAUUAAUCAUCGCCUGCCUUCCUUCAUUACGCCCGUACCUCCGACAUGGUUUCAAAAGCUCCUCGGCCGAAGCAUCCUACGGCUACGGCAACCGUUCUACAGGGCACAUCACCAGUACUCGCAAAACACAAGCCACGUCGGGAUUCGAGGUUAUCGACGACCCAGUCCCGGUGUUUGAUGGUGGUCUACGUAGAAAUACGAGACGGGGAAACGACUCGGAGGACGAUGCAUGGUCAGAUGGAAAGAAGAGCAAUAGGAGUGAUAUUGAGUUAGUGACGAUACAAGCGCAACGAGGAGACAGAACGUCGACAGUCCACCAAGGACAGAUUCGGGUGGAGCAGGAGUUUAUCGUCACGAGAUAG